AUGCUCAAGAGAACUGAUCCUUCGAAUUUUGUCUUGGUUUCUUACUUAGCAACUAUUUAUACUUCUGUGGAAACCGGGAUUCUUCUACCACAACCAUCUGAGAAGAAAUCCAAGAAGACAAAGAAACCUGUUGUUGGGUCUUCAGAUACCAAAGCUAAGUCUUCGAAGAAAACAAAGUCGGUUCCUGUGAUUGAACCUGAACUCGAUCAGCCAAAGUUUGUUGUUUCUGAUACCCAGGUCAUUGAAAACGAAAUAAUGCCUUCGAAGACUGGUGUAUUCAAGUGUACUAAGAUGAAAUUAAAGAUAAAGAGAAGAUCGUUAGGUACGAAGAUGGUUCUUAAAACACAAGUUUCUCACCAAGGAGUAAUUUUUAGAGAAGUUCCUGCUCCUGUUUCUCCUUCAACAAAGAAGAGAAUAGAUGCUGACAUGGCCAAACACAUUUCUCAGAAGAAGAAGAGAAAAUUGAUAAUUUCUUCUAAUUCCACCACUGAUGACACAGAAUUUAUUCCUGAAACUCCUGAAGCAACUCUAAUUAUUGAUUCUUCUAUCGUUGAUACUUUAGUGACUCAACCACCCAAAGUUUUGUUUGCCAAGACAGUUUAUGUGGAGGCUCGAACUUCUGACAUAACUGUAAACAUAUCUGAUAUGGGUACAAAUGUAAUUAUGGGUGAGAAUAAUUCGAAGAUUGCAGAUCAAGCUGAUAUUGGGGGGGGGGGGGGUUCUUCUGUCUCAAGUUUAGAGGUUGAUUCUUUGCUGAAGGUCUUCGAAUCCAAGGUCACAAACAAAUUUUCUAGCAUGAUAAGGGAUUAUGAAGGACGGCUUUUGGAGAAAGUUGAUUCUGUUGAUCAAUCGAAUGAUCUUCGUAUGACUUCUCAACGUCAGGAUUUCUUGCAUGAAGUGAAAGAAUUGAAACUCGUAACCAAGGAAAGACAUGUGCUGUUUGUUCAAGAAGUAAAGAAAGUUCGAGAAGAUGUCAAUUUACAAAUACGUGAACUUCGUGAAGAUAUGCAGAAGGAAGUUAAAGCUGUCAAACAAGAUGAUGCUUCCGUGAAUCAAAGGAUUGACAUUAUCUGUGAUGCAGUUACCAGAUUUGUCAAACUUUUCGAAAGUAUGAGUCCUCAAUUUACUCUUAUUUCUGAAAAACAAGAUAAGCAUUUUGGUGACUUGCUUGGGUUAUUAAAGGAAUUGAAGGAAUUAUUUGUCAAGCCUGUUCCUUCUUCAUUGAUUACUUCAGAAUACUUCUCACAUAAAUUUUUGCAGUUUGAAGCCAUUUUACACAAACAACUGUCCCCUCUUACUCGUAUAUCCAACCUUCUUCCAUCUAUGUCAGAUGCCCCACCUGUUGUCACAGGGGUGCAAGGGGGAGAAAUGAAACUUGAUUUUACAAAGACUGGGGAACAUUCGAAGGUGGAGGGAAAGAAAAUUUCUGCAGAAAAACCAAUUGUUGUUUCAGCUGGUCUAGUUUUUUAUACUGUAGUCACAACUGUUCCAUUAACCAAGCCAAUAUUAAAGGGUGUUGUAAUUGGAGAAGCAGGUGGGAGUGCUUCAAAGACGAAGACUGUGGUCACUGAGAAAGCUUUGAAAGAUACAGGGAAAGGAAUUUUGAUUGAGAAAACGAAAGAAGAAAAGAAAGCAGAGGUAGAAGCUGAAGUAGAAAAAAUGAGACAUUUACAAAGUAUUAUGACUCUUCGUGCUCAAGAUCCUUCAAAUAUAGAUAAAGGUGAUCCUUCGAAGCAAUACAAGUAUGAAAAAAUUGACGCUAGAUUUAUUUUUGAUCACAUGUACUCUUUUGAGAAGAUUCCAAAGAAAAGUUAUGUGGUUACAAACUCUGAUUCAAGUCAGCUGGAUUUUCCAAUGAAUGAGAUGAUGUUUAUCAUUCCUCAGUUUCGAGCUGUAGUCAAGUGCAAGGAUGUAGAUGAAGGGAAGAAGAUGAAUGAGAUGAUUCAAGUCAGCUGGAUUUUCCAAAGAAAAGUUAUGUUGUUACAAACUCUGAUUCAAGUCAGUUGGAUUUUCCAAUGA